GUAUCAGAAAAUAGCUGAUAAGUAAAGAGAUACGCGGUUCACUAGAACAUUCCACACUCUUUCUCGCUUUCUGUAGUACCGUUACGGCGUGCGUAGGUUCUGUUCCAAAUACAUUCCGGGAUUGUUGUUUGAGUCAGCGCUCAGGAUAUGAAGUAACAUCUAAUAAUACUGUGUUUAGUGCACUACGGAGUCUGUAGACCGGGAUUUGAGGCCGGGACACGGUUUUGUCAGACUUUUCUACUUUGUACAUACAUUAUUUUGUAUAUACUGUUUAUGAUGACUUCAGUGGUUGCUGACGCCGCCCCCCGAGGAAACCGGGACAGAGUGCAGCCACAGACCUCACACACCUCACAGCCACAGAAACAGAUUCAGGCCACAGCAGAACAGAUUCGUCUGGCGCAGAUAAUUGACAAAAAUGAUGCAGAUUUUGAAGGGAAAGUCAAACAGCUUAUUGAGGUCACCAGCCGAAAUCAGGACGAGUGCAUGGUGGCUCUUCAUGACUGCAACGGGGAUGUUAACAGGGCCAUCAACUUCCUGUUGGAGGAGGAGGUUCCUGUCCAGGACUCCUGGGAGACGGUGGGGAAGAAGAAAAGUGUGGGCAAAGAAGGUGUGACAGCAGAGACAAAAGAGCGGAGGGUCGACAAGGAGGGCAGGGGCCGCGGGGGGCCAAACAGACGCGGCCGUGGAGCCAGCCGCUUCCAGGAAGGCCGCACAGAGGAGAAUGGAUUUGACUCGACUCUAGGAGAAAGAGGAGAGCGUGGACGCAGAGGAAGAGGAAGAGGUGCAGGAGGGAGAGGAAGAGGCAGAGGAGAUGGUGUAAAUAGGUUCUCUCAGGGAAUGGGGACGUUUUACACUGCUGAAUACACUGGUUCUGCUGAUCCUGUAGAGACGGCCAACGACACUACUGAGGGAGCAGGAAACUGGAGAAACAAUCUGGAAGACUGGGCUGCAGAAGAUUGGAAUGAAGAUCUUUCCGAGACCAAAGUGUUCACUGCCUCUUUCGCACUUGCCUCACAGAACCACAUGACACCAGGACAGGGGGUUGAUCUGAGUUCUCUGUUGCCUAAAGCAGAGGUGGACUCUGACCUGGUUGGGUUGGAGCCGUUGUCCCAGGAGCCACUCGCACAGAGCCUGGUGUUUACCAACUCUCAACAACACACAGCUCGCACACAGACACACAGCUACGCCUCAGCUGCUGCCAACAGCUAUGCUUCUGCUGCUGCUGGCACCUAUGCCCAUGCUGCCUCGUAUUUAGGAUCCAGACCACCUCAGCCUGACGUGCAGAAAACCGAGCCAGUCAGUGUCCCCCACGUCACACCUCUUUCCAAUCAGACACCAGUUGCCCUGACCAAUGGCAGCCCAGUUGCCGAAUCCAGCUCUCCUCCCCCUGCUGUACAUGCAUCCUUAGCUUUGAAUGAACCCAAAGCUGAGAUCCCCAUUACCAUGACUCACAUGGACCUGAAGUCCCAGCCUGACCCCUCCCCUAUCCUCAGUCAGUUGACCCAGCAACAGAACUCCACACUCCUAUCGGACCUGCCGGCUCAGGGCCGUAAUCCCUCUCCUCCUCUGCCUCUACAAGACAUGAGCUCGUCUGUGCUGAAACCCCCCGGAGAUACUAGUGCCCCCACCAUCUCGGAGUCCCAUCAGCCCAAACAAAUCAGACCCCAGAGACGCAGAAUGCCCCCUCCCUCCAAAAUACCCUCUUCUGCAGUGGAGAUGCCAGGUUCUGCUGAUGUGUCUGGGCUGAAUGUGCAGUUUGGUGCCCUCGAUUUUGCUUCGGAGGCUACUGUAGAAAGCACCGGACAUCCAGAAAAAAGCAGCCAGGAACCCGCUCCUCUUGUUGCCCAAACACAGAGCAACUUGUACUCUAAACCGAGCGGUGUCUGUGAGCCAGUGACUGGUCUUCCUCCUGCCCUACCUACAGCAGCAAUGGAGCCCAGAUAUACCACUCCCUCUGUGGGGUUACCCACAGCUACAGCCCCUUCCACUUCCUCCAGAAUUGAAACUUCCAGCCUGCACAAGGAACCCACCAUCACCACUACCACCUCUUCCUCCCCUCUGACUAAUGGAUUCAGCGAUGCACGGACUCCCAGUACACAAGAUGCAGUCUCCUCAAGCACUCCUCAGACCAUCUCUACAGCACUGUCCUCUGAGAGCGGCAUGUCCGCCGCGUCAUCCUUACCCUCGUCCUCGUCGUCUGCACCAGCCCCAGCACCCAGCACCGCUCUUCCCUCCCUCAGCAGUCAUGUGAGCAGCGGGACUACAUUAGGAUCUGCUGUACCUGCCACUACUGGCCUCAGUGUGGUCAGUGAUGUCAGCGCGAGUCUGUCAGCCUUCUCAGGCUCUGUCCUCACCUCAAAUGGCCUGAGCAACGGUGCACCAGGCCUGUCUACAAACAGCACCUCGGCUCCAUCCACAGGACGUUCCGCACCACUACAGGCUGCCACCACCACCUCCAGCAAAGCACCGCCCAACCUGCCUCAAGGUGUGCCUCCACUGUUGGCUAAUCAGUACAUCAUGGGACCUGGAGGACUGCUUCCUGCCUAUCCCCAGAUCUAUGGCUAUGAAGACUUGCAGAUGAUCCAGUCACGGUUACCCAUUGAUUAUUAUGGAAUGCCCGCCUUCCCUGGUACAACAACCCUUGCUGCCAGAGACGGCGGAUUAGCAAACAACCCUUACUCAGGUGAAGCUACCAAAUUUGCACGUGGUGAUGCACCCUCCCCGGUACCCACCACCAGCCUCGCGUCAGUUGCCCCCUCGCAGUCUGAGCCUGGCACAGUUCCUCCCCAAACACAAGCCCCACAGAACCCUGGCCAGGCCUUCCUCAACCCUCCUCUGCCCCCUGGCUAUGGCUAUACCAGCCUGCCCUACUAUGCUGGCAUGCCAGGUGUUCCUAGUGCCUUCCAGUACGGCCCAACCGUCUUCAUGCCACCUGCCUCAGCCAAGCAGCAUGCACAGUACCAGCACCAAGCUGGUUACAGCGGACACACCUAUGCUUCAGGAUUUGACGACCUGUCCCAAGCUCACGGUGGAGGAGAUUAUGGAAAAGGAUAUGGCGGCGGGUCGCAAUCACAAGCCAAGCCGAGCAACAGCGCAGGAAAAGCACCUGGACUGUCAGGCUCUGCCAGCUCUGAUCUUGGUGCAGCUGUGUACGGCAAAACACAGUCAUUUGAUAAACAGGGGUUCCCUACGGCAUCCCCAGCAACAUUCAGCCUUCCCUCUGCUUUGGGAGGAACCGGACCCAUGAACCCUGGUGGAGCCCCUGGCUAUCCCCCGACACCUUUUCUCCACAUCCUGCCUCCCCAUCAGCAGCCUCCCUCUCAGCUUUUGCACCACCACAUGGCCCAGGACACACAGGCUCAGCGCAGUCAAUCAAGCAGCAUGCAGAAGAGUCAGGGCAAGUCUAACUACAGCAGCUCCCCCUACUGGGCUAAUUGAUCUCAUACUGGAAAACAGUCUAAAUCUCGACCUUCAGUCUCGUUACUGGCUUAAUAUAUACACACACAAUCUUUCCUGGACCCCCCUCCAAAGUUUUCCUCUGCCUAUUUCUUUUGUUUAGGGCUUUUUUUUUUUUCCUUCUCCAAAUUUAGUUUUUCCUGUAAAAUAUUAAUGUAAGUAUUUAUAUAUACUGUAAAUGUUAAAGCCGAACAUAAGUUGUGGUCGCGCCAUUUUAUUUUUUGAAGGAUAUUUUGCUUUUGUUUACUUUUUAAAAACUGCAAAGAUGUAGCGAGAACGGAAAACUUUUGAGGAUGAUGGGGACAAACAACUUCGCAAUGAGAGCUUGAGUUGUGAAUUAUGAGGAGGAAGGCAAAAGAUGGGGUGGUGGAUUUCAGAAGAGGUUAAUUUUAAGGAAAGUAAAGCAUUAAAUGCUUGUUACACAGUGGGCCAUGCCACAUUUAAAAGGGAAAGGUGUUUGCUGAAUGAUGUUCUCCUUUCCACUGGCUCAAAAUGUUAACACCCAAAGACCCACAAGUUUUAUAUUGAACUCCUGUUGCCCUCUAAAUAAAGGUUCUGAGCUAUUUAA